AUGCCUUCCGAGACUCCCAAAUUGGAGGAGAUCGAGACCAAGUCGGUCAUAUCGUUGCAAGAACUAGAUCCAUCGCCUGUCGAUGAUAUCACGGACAUUGAGAGCGCAGGAUACUUCCCCAGGGCUGCCUCCCCAACACAUGGAGCUGGCCUUUCUAUUCCGAAGCUUGGCCUCAGCGGCCAUCGUUGGGACUCAUGGCUGACCGGUAUCCAAAAGUACUCGACCUACCCGCCUACCGCAUUCUUCAUCCUACAUCUCGCCAACACCUCGCUUAUUCCACUCGUUACUCGCUCCGUGCCCGCAAGUGAAUCCUACCUCUUGCUCACGCGACCUGUCUACCAAGCUCCCGGCCUCGAGCACCUUGUCUUGACGAUUCCCAUACUUGCGCAUAUUGCCUCUGGAAUUGCUCUCCGCAACAUUCGCGCAUCGCGUAGAGCGCGAUUGUACGGCGCCGAGACUCGCGAGCAGCGACAGACAUUGUAUUUCUGGCCUCGGAUGUCCUUGCAGGCACGCACCGGUUAUUUCGUCGCGCCGCUGAUUGGGGUCCAUGCGCUGGUCAACCGCAUCACGCCGGUGCUCGUUGAAGGUGGAAGCUCUGGCGUGGGACUGGGCUAUGUUGCACAUGGCUUUGCUCGGAGUUCCAUGUUCUGGAAUAUCUUCUAUUUCUUUUUCGUCACUGCCAGUGUCUGGCACUUUGUUGGCGGUUGGACGACUUGGAUGGGGUGGAGAGUGACCACAGCGCGCAAGGAACGUAGCCAAAAAGGCGCCUUGGGUGCAUACAUUGAUCACUCGGAAGCAAGGUCGAGGAGACAGCGCAAGAUGUGGUGGGUUGUUAACGGACUCGCGGCUGCUGGUGCGGCUGUCUGGCUUGCUGGUGCUCUCGGCGUUGUCGGACGUGCCGGCGAAGGCGCCGGAUGGGAGGCCAAGGGCUGGAAUGAGAUGUACAGCCAGGUUCCGAUCAUUGGGCAGUGGCUGUGA